AUGAUCGACAACUCUGAUACAGAACUCUUGGCAAUCAGAAAAGCUUUAGGUGACAACUGCCGCAUUUUGAUUUGCCAUUGGCAUAUCCUUCGAGCUUGGAGAAAGCAAUCGAUGGAGAAAGUCUUUGCUAAAGAUGGUGUGCGAAAGACAGUAGCAGAAAUAAAAGCACACCGGCAAGAAGGACUUCAAGGAAUGAUCAAGAUGAUGAUGGCAGGAACCAAAGCAGAUUACGAGCUAUGCUACUUAGACUUCAGUUCUUGGUGUUUAGACUUCGAUGAUGAAUGGGAUCCAUCAGAUCUUUUGGUAUAUUUUGACUGUGAAUAUUCUAACAAAAAGGAGAAGUGGUCAAAUACAUGGCGCCAUCAAAACCUGAAUAUUGACACCAAUAAUUACAUUGAGUCAUGGCAUCACACGUUUAAGGAAUCGUACUUGUCUACUUUGAAAAAACAGCAUGUUGAUGUACUUGUGUACAUCUUAUGGGAUCUUGUUUUGCGUGAUGUUAUGGAAGACCAUAUCAAGACCACCAACCAUUUUCAAUCAAUUGUCAUGAAUGCAAGUGAAAAGAAACGACAGAGGAUCGCAUAUCGUUUGUCAGAACAAGAAGCCUAA